AGGGACUGCUGCUUCUUUUUGACGAGCAGCUUUGAGCCUUCUCACCGCUUCUUCGACAUUCAGCGAACACACCAAGAACUUGCUCUUCGACAGUCGCGAACAGAGAGUCUCAGACACGGUCAAUUGCGAAGACAUCAAGCCUUCUCAAAUUCAACUGGUUCGAAGUCCUCAAUCCUCACUCCUCUAACCUUCUAAGUUUUCACUUCUCAGAUUACUCAACAAAGUAACAAGCUCAAGAUGGCCUUUAGAGGACGAGGACGAGGACGUGGAUUUGGGGGUGGAGGAUUUCACAGCGCUAAGCAAGAGCCAUUUGUACUCUUUCCGGACAUUGAAAACUUCCCUGAUGCCAAAAGUGUGACUGAAGAAACUACUUUAGUUGUUUUGAAUUCAAGGUUGCAGAAAUUUUGGAAUUCUUCUCCUUAUUAUAUCAAAGACAAAGAUCAAGGAGAAAAUGCAAUAUCCAAGCUUUCACAGUUCAUGAAGAUGAGUUUCAAAUAUGUUCCUGCUGAACUAGCUAAAGGUUCGAAACAGGAGAAACAAGGCAAAGAAAAAGUGCGAUGGAAACCAGAUUCAGAUGCGCAGAAAUUAGAUCUCUUUGAGAAGCUUGAAAAGAAGCAUCAGGGCCAAGAUGAGAAAGGUGGAAAGGAGAAGAAAGAAGAUGAAAACGAGGAAGAAGAUGAUGAAAGAAUGGAAGAGGAGGAUGAAGAAUUUAGCGAUGAUGGUGAUUAUAAUCAGAACAUUGAUUUUGAUGACGAUGAAGAUGACUUCAACAUGGAUGAUAAUGAUGGUGAUGAACCAAUGUACUAAAUGCUACUACAGGAACUGUUUUCUGUCUUCCCUCAACUUGACAAGUAAGAAGAAACGGAGGCACUCCUUUUCCCAAAUCAAAUCAGUAAGCUUGCUAAGACAACAACAGGCAGAGACCCUUGUAUUUCUUUUUCUUAAUUGAUUAGGAAGGAUCUUAGGUUUUCUUCGUAAUGCAAAAUAGGGGAAUUAUAAUGUGGGAUGCUGGAACUCAGUUAAUUGUUUAUGCUGUCGGGAGAGUUGGUCAAAUUUAUCUCAUUUAAAUGUUUGGUUAUCUUGUACGGAUUUCAAGCUUCCAACGAACAACGAUUAAAUCUAUUAUGCAGAACAGCAGUCGCGGGAGCCUCGUGCGCUGGGCUGCCCUUGUACAAUUUCUGGAUAUAUACUAUUGUUAGAUGUUAUUGUUUGUAGGUAAGAGGAGAUAAAAUUUGGAAAUUUAGAGAUGGCAAGCGGAAGACUUGGACCCAAACUUUCAUUUGGUGGGAUACCACUUAGGCUAAGCUUUGAUAUAUCUUUGAAAAGAAGCAUCAUGCCAUCAUAUGCUAUGACCUAGUGAAGUUCUAAAAGUUUUACUUUACAGUCUUUCAACUGACCUUGAGAGAUUUAUAUAAUCUUUAAGGAGAACAUUUUAAACUAAUUGGCAACUUGUAUUUCAAAUAUAUAAGGAGUCAAAUUAAUGUUAUUGUUACGUCAAAUUCAAUGUGAAUUCUAAA